AGGCCUUAAAAGAAGGUUAUAUUUCAAUAUAUGCUCUAAUCUUAUUACAAAUAUUGACACUUCUUAUUACCAUACCAUUAAAUGCGUUUCCAAUCAUUGGAACAUUCCUUUACUGUUAUAUUAAUGGCUGGAUAAUGACCUGGGGUCAUCAAUUGCAUUAUCAUUUAGAAAUAAAGGAAUUUAGCGUAAAUCAAUCAAUUCGUUUCGCUUGGAGGAAUCAUGAAGAUUAUGUAAUGUUUGGAAUGGUCGCUGUGGCUUUAGAGUUGAUCCCUAUUGCCAAUUUUGUGUUUUUCUGGACAAACGUUGUUGGUGCUGCACUGUGGACUGCAGAUGUUAUUAUCGAAGAGGAGAGAGCUAUUUCCAGGAGGUUAGUUAAUUAUCAUGGCUUAAUUGCAAAUAGAGGUGGUGUUGGGGCACCCCAUUAUGUUGUACAGAGGAUGAAUAAUAAUGUAAAGAAUUAUGGUACAACUUUUGUUUAA